GACGCUAAAGAUGGCGUCUGUUUCAAACGGAUUGUGCACAACAUCUCCUGCUAGGUAGGGACGUCCCCGGAGAUGCGAGGCGAAGCAGCGGGACGUGGGAGGGAAUGUGGCCGAGGGAGGCGCACUGAAAGCGGGAGGAGCAGCGCGCGGCCCCGGGGGACAGAGCCGAGAUCCAAGAGCCACGAAGAAGAGACGAGGCCGAAGGAGGUUCUGUUCUCCCUAUCCGGCUCGGACAAGCAAAAUGGAGAGUUGAAAAAGGACGAUGGCACAGAGAGCGGGAAAAGGAAAGAGAAGAGAGGGGGUUUAAAAGGAGACGCUGUGGACGACAUCACCACAGAGCUGAGGUGGAGAAUGAACCGUGUGGAGAACGAGAAACUACAGCUGACGUCUGCACACAACCAGCAGGUGUGCUCUCUGGAGGCGGAGCUGGCCCGGUUGCGAGCGGCGGUGGAGCGCGGUGAAGCCGAGAGGGCGGAGCUUCAGUUUCAGAUCACGAUUUGUCUCAGAGAAAAAGAGAAAGAGGCUCAGACCAACAGAGACCUGCAGAGAGAGAGGGACACGCUCACAGAUCGUCAGGCUGAGGCGGAGCAGAGCCUGUCAGACCUCCGAGUGGCUUUAGAACGGACUCUCCGCGGCCGGGAGGAGGACCAGAGGAGUCUGCAUCAGGAGCUGGAGGAACGAGACGCGCUCAUACACAGACUGAGCCAAGACAACAGCCAACUGCACUCACUGCUCACGGAUCAGAAGCAGGUGUUGGAGCAGAGCGAGCAGAGGAUGAAGGAGCUGCAGAAAGAGGUGGAGAAGGACCAGGAGGUGAAGCGUCGCCAUGCCGACAAACUGCGUUACCUGAGCAACCGAGAGAAACGUCUCCGGGCCGACAAGGAGUUCACAGAGCAGAGAAUUAAGACUUUGGAGUCAAACAUCGAGGCUGAAAGAGCUGCUCACCUCGAGUCCAAGUUCAACUCUGAGCUAGUUCAGUUGCGUUUGAGGGACCUGGAGGCGGUCUUGGCAGUGGAGCAGUCCAACCUACAGGAGGCGACGUGCAGCGUGGAAAAACUGAGAGAACACAUCCAAGACGCCGAGAAGAAGAGGGAGCAGGAGCAGCAGAGGAGCAGCCAGACGUUAGCUCAACUGCACAGGUUGCAGCUCGAGUUUGAACAGUGCAAGUCCGACCUGAGCGCUGCUGCGGCGACUGAAAAACGGACGACCUCUGACCUCAACGUUGCCCUGGAAACGGAGAAACGUGUGACCUCGUGCCUUAAGGAGCAACUUGAAGAUGAGAAGAGGCGGCAAGAAAGCACCGAGUCACAGCUCCAACAGGUGACAGUGAAUAUAAACAGAUAUAAAAACUUUGUACAAGACGUCAAAGAAACACUACAGCAGCAUCUAGAAGAGGAUUCUGGGAGUUGGAGUCCUGAUGAAACACUGGAGAAGCUGAAAACGAUGCUGUUAUCCCAGAAACGGAGACAAGAGGAGGCCAACAAACAGGUAGAGGAGCUGCUUUUUGCCUCUGAGCAGCUCCUGGACAACAACGAGGAGCUGAAAACUCUGAACUCGCAACAGAAAACGCAAAUAGAGGAAUCUGAGCGGUUGUCGGCGGAGCUGAAGCAGGAAGUGACACGUUUGCAGACGGAGGGCUGUGAUUGGUCGAACGUGACGCGGCAGCUCCAGGCCGAGCUUCAGCGAGAACGAGACGAGAGGAGACGAGAGCGAGACGAGACGGAGGAACGAAUGAGCGUCAUGAAACAGCAGCAGCGCGAACAGGACGAGGCUCGUGUGUCCUCACUGCACGCCCUCCUUCAGCGUCUGCAGCCCCAAAGCAUCAUGGGAAGUCUCUCCUGGGACGAGCUGUGGAUACGAGUCGGCGAACGAGCGGAGCAGAUCAACGCAGACCUCCACCAGGCCAAGAACCAGGUGUCCUCCCUGCAGAGCGUCCUCUCUCGCCUGGAGGACAAAGUCAGGAGACGAGAGGCCGACCUGAAACGCCAACACCAGCAGACGGUGUCAGAGCUACAGCGCCAUCUGCAGUCGAGCCGCUCCGAGUGCCGUUCGCUGCAGGAUCACGUGACCUCGCUGACCUCCGACCUCUCGUCUCUCUGCGACCAGUCGGGGAGGUUCCAGUGGGCGUGUCUUCUGCUGGGAGGGGCCCUCGCUCACGCACAGACUCGUCUCCGUCGUCUCUCGGAGCAGAAGACGUUUCUCUGUCGCGGUUUGGCCGAACGAGACGCGCUGGAACAGGAAGUGAGGUCACUGGUGGAGGCUCUGGAGGCCGACGAGGGCGACACGCAGCAGCAGCAGGAGGAGAAGAAGAAGCAGAGAGCGCGGAGGAGGUGGAGGCGGGUCUUAAACGUGGUGACGGUCCUCAGGAAGUGGUGCGUUCUGGGAAAAAGGAGCCGGGUGCUGUUCAGAGCGCAGGUGGACGGGGCCGGAGCGGUGGGCGUGGCGCUGUGUGGAGAGGCUACGGCAAGAAACGAGGGACAAAACGAAGAAACAGGAAGUGGAGAGACGUGCCUUGCUCAGUGGCUCCGGUCCAAACAUCUGUCCUCUGUGGUGUUGUCCUCCAUGUCGGACCUGCAGGGGGCGCUCUCAGGCUCCUCCCCCCAGAGCGUGCUGUCAGCGGUUCAGUCGGCUUCGUCCCGCCUCCUGGGCCACCUCCUCGACCAAUCAGACGCAGCGACUGUUACGAGUAAACGCGGCUGUCCAACGAGGCGGGUGACGGUGCGACCCCACAUGAAGGAGCUAGUGUCCAGUUUGCAGCAGCACUUCCUGGAUUUUAGCCAACGACUGCACUCGACCGAAGUGGAGAGGCGGAGCUUACGACUAGACCUGAACAAUCUGAGACGAGCCACGAAGAAGAAGGAGCAAGAAGCCAACAAAAUGGUCUCGUCGGAGCGGUUUGACUCGGUCUGUUCUGAGCUCCAGGGGGCGCUGUGUCGGGAGCAGGAGGCUCAGGCUCUGAUGCAGGAGCUGAACUCACAACUGAACGCACUAAGACACAACAUGGAGUCACUGAACGCUCAGAAGACUGAAGCACAGGAAACGCACGACCACACGGCGCAGCUCCUCGCACACGCCCGUCGAGAGGUGUCCCGUAAAGAGCGCUCGCUGAGGAUUCUGGGUAAACACCUGUCCGUCGUCCAAAAGGAGAAACGGCAGCUGGAGGAGAGGCUUCGUGAGGCGCAGGACGAGCUGCAAAACACCACCAAGCGUAAAGAGCGGCUGAUUGAGCUGAUGACGACAGCAGAGCGGAGCUGUACGCAGUUUAGGGAAAGUCUCGUCCAAUCACGUCGGCCUCUGUGCUCCAAACCCCGCCCCCUGACGCUUCCUGAGUCGCCGAGUGGAACAGAGAGCAUCAUGGGAGAUCCAGGUGUGGCGGCAUGUCAGAGUCUCCUGUCCAGCGUGGCUCUCCUGUCCCAGACCUUCUCCUCCAGAGCUGAUUGGCUGGAGCAGGAAGUCUCCGCCCACCAGAGUCAUGUGACCGCCCUGCGCAGCGAGCUACAGGACGCCUGCCUCCGACACAACCAGGUUUUUACCCCGAUGGCUGUGGAAAUGGAAUCAGCUCAACCUGUUCCUGUUGAUAAUUUGCUGAAAAAUGAAGCAGUCGUCUGA